AUGCUCGCUCAAGUGGCCCGAUGCUCCCGGUAUGCUGUAGCACACAAGGACCUUGACCACCGCAUCAUCCGUGCCUCUGGGGUCUGUUUCUGUCGACCACCACCUUUAUGUGUAUCAGUACCUCUCACACAACGAUCUCCUCCACCUCAACGUCGACAUUUCCCCUUCGGCACAUUCACUACUUCCACCCUCCAUCAUCGUCGAUACCUCAUCUCAGAAGGUCGCACCACUGCUCCCUCGGACGACGAGUCCUCCGAAUACCUUUCGCCGAGUCCAUCCUCGCCAUUCUACCUUGAAACCGGCUACUCCAUAUUUGCCAAACGACCGUCUCGACCCUUCCCACCACCUUUUGUCUCCUUACCUUCAGGCUCCUUUUCCGACCCACUAACGACACACAACCCCGUCCGCGGCCGUCGACCAUCUAUCAACGGCCAGCCCAUUCUCGGUAUCACGAACGGCGACGAUGCCAUCAUCAUCGGAGAUCAAAACUUCGUCGCGGUAAACGACGGAGUUGGAGCGUGGGCGCAGAAAGAACGCGGACACGCUGCACUGUGGUCUAGACUGAUCGCACACUUUUGGGCCCUUGAAGUGGAAAAGUCGUUCCGGGGCGGCAAAGAGGUGGAACUGGCAGAUUUGAACCCGAUUCGGAAUCUACAGGACGCCUAUGACCAGACGAAGGCCGCUACGAAGGGGAGUUUCAAAUCCGAUUCCGAGGCUCAAGAGAACGCAGAGCCCACUGCCCAGGACUGCUCAUCGUCGGACGCAGAUGACAAGAAACCAGAUGCGAAUGAUAUCCUAGGAACGACAACCGCUUCUUCCGCCUUGCUGCAUUACAAACGGACCCCCUCUUCCUCUCCAACGCCCGUAGUCCUGGCCACGACGCUCGGUGACUGCAAAGUUCUUUUAGUGCGACCAUUGUCAAACGAAGUCCUCUACCGCUCGAAAGAACAAUGGCACUGGUUCGACUGCCCACGUCAACUCGGGACCAACUCUCCAGAUACCCCCGUGUCCAACGCCGUCACGGAUAUCGUGGAGAUCGAAGUCGGCGACGUGGUUGCCGUGCUCAGCGACGGCGUGACAGAUAACUUGUGGGAGCACGAGAUCUGCGAGAACAUCAGCCAUAGCGUCGACAAGUGGCUGCAGGGCGAAGAGGAAGCUCGUGACGGCGUCGUCUAUGUUGCCCGCACACUCAUGAAUGCCGCGCGAGAGAUCGCUCAAGACCCCAACGCCGAGUCUCCGUACAUGGAGCGCGCGUUCGACGAAGGUAUUGCCGCAGAAGGUGGAAAGCUCGAUGAUAUCUCGGUCGUCAUUGGGAUAUGUCGGAAGCGCGAGUCAUAG